UUAAAUUCCAAAUAAUUAUUUUCAAUAGUGUGAACUAAAUAUGGGUAGUGCAGUGGAGCAGAUGAAAAUGUAAAAACUAAAAUAACAUAUACAAGCUCACACACGUUGGUGGACUACUACUGUAGUAGUAGCUGUGUGUGUCUACGUUACUGUGUAUAUGUAUGUACAUACAUAUAUACGUAUAUGAGAGGUUGCAUGAGUGCGUUUGCGUAGGAAGUACCAAAAUAACAACACCAGCAGGGUACAACAAGGAGUCCUUACCAUAUGUUUAGUUCGUCUAUGCGUCACAUCAGUUGGAGUUGUUCGAUUCAUGCAGAUUCCAGUAAAAAUAGUGCCAAACCCCGCAGCCAUCGCUUUACUUAGUAACAGUCUAACAGCCAUCCAAUCUGACAACGAUUCGUGCUGUUUCUGCCAGUCAGUGCAGCGGAAGUGUCAACUCUUCGGAAAUACAUAUAGAACGAUAUACAUAUGUAUGUAUGUGUGUAUAUGUAUAGAACAUUUAGUAAAAGAUAUUAAGGAACGUGUGGGGAAGCAACACAGCAACAGCUCACAGGAGCAACAUUUUUAAAUAGUGUCAAUUAUGGGCAAUUGCUUGAAAUGCUUCCAAACGUCUACCGAAAAUUCGUUGCCAACAUCGUCGUCUCCUAACGCAUACGCCUCUCACUCCAACCACGCCUGCCAAGCUGCCACAAGUAUUGACAACAACUGCUACGGAACAAGAGUUGUCAAUGCGAAUGAUCGCUGCGCCAUUUACGACAGGCCACGAGAAACUGACGAAUUGCUUUCUACAAGAAGUCCACUCAAAUCAAAUUGUGAUACUAAGCGUAAUAGUUUUAAGCCUAUUGGUUUGCUUAAUGGAAGUGCACCAACAAUGAGUGAUAUAAUAACAAGUGCGGUCAAAGAAUCAAUGGAGGUGUCACAUCAAACCCUCAAUAGGCUGUUCGAUGUGUACAAAGAUCCUGUUGAUGAGGAUAUGAUACUCCCUGAGGGCAUUGAACGUUUGUGCAAUGAUUUGAACUAUCAGCCCGAUGAAUUCGCUAUUCUGGUUCUCGCCUGGUGUUUGGAUGCAUCGCAAAUGUGUCGUUUUACCAAAACAGAGUUUAUCGAUGGAUUGCAUAAGAUGCGCGCCGACACGAUUGCAACAAUACGCAUUAGGCUUGAGCAAACAAUAGAAAUGUUGAGGGUGGACACAGAAAUGUUCAAGCAACUCUACCGCUUUACCUUUCGUUUUGGUCUGGAGCCAGAUCAGCGUGUACUUUCGCUCGACAUGGCCAUCGAUCUGUGGAAAUUGGUGUUCACUGUUCAAACGCCUGAUCUCUUUUCAAACUGGAUACACUUUCUCGAAAAGCAUCCAAAUAUACGCCGCAUACCGAAGGAUACAUGGAACAUGUACCUCAAUUUUACAGAACAAUGUGAUAUAGACAAUUACGACGAUACCGAGGCGUGGCCAAGUCUAUUCGACGACUUCGUCGACUAUGAGAAGUCUCGAGCGCUGGAAGGGAAAACUGCAACUGAAUCGAUUGCACCUACAGCAAUGCAUGACGACGACAACAAUAAUGACGACCCAUUACAGGCCCAUGUCAAAGGUGGCGGCGAUCCAAGCCAUGUGUCAUAGUAUUAAAUUGAGCACGUAGUCAGCGCAGAAUGCACGUAGAAGUAGAGGUCAAGCAACUUUCAACUCGCCAAUAGAUUUUAAACAAAUUGUACAUUUCAACUUCAAUAUUUAUUUGCUUGCUUGCUCGCUGUUAGCUAUA